UUAGCUAGACCAUUGCCCUCUUGAACAUUUACCAUAACCCUCAAAACUCUGCCCAGUCUGCUGAUGGUGUGCGCUGUGCUAUGAGUGACUGGGAGGUGCAGGAGCACUAUGAUGAGUUCUUUGAGGAAGUCUUCACUGAGAUGGAAGAAAAGUAUGGACAGGUUGAAGAGAUGAACGUCUGUGAUAACCUAGCAGACCACCUGGUGGGGAAUGUGUAUGUCAAGUUUCGUUAUGAGGAGGAUGCAAAGAAAGCUGUGAUGGACUUGAAUAACCGCUGGUUUAAUGGGCAGCCAAUCCAUUCAGAGCUGUCCCCAGUGACUGACUUCACGGAAGCCUGCUGCCACCAGUAUGAGAUGGGCAAGUGCCUAAGAGGGGCCUUCUGCAACUUCAUGCAUCUGAAGCCAAUCUCAAGAGAGCUCAAAAGGAAGCUGUCUAGGCUCCAUCGCAAGAGGCAUAGAUCCAGGUCCCGAUCCCGGGAAAGGCAUUCUCCAUCCAGAGACAUUAGGCAUGGUGGCAGCAGAGGAGGUGGAGGAUGAGAGCAUUACAGGAGG